AUGUACACACCAGCAGCCAAAAGGCGACGGCUCGAUGAUGCAAGCAACACGCUACGGAAGCCAUUCAAGUCACCGGCGGUAGUGCGCGACCGCGACGUGGCAGCGGGAGACGCUACCGCAUCGUCGCCACGAACAGAUGCGGUCGAUACAAACUCAUCUUCGAUCCGGUGCGGCGGUAGCGCUACAGGUGCCACGGCACAAAGGAGCGGGAUCCAGCUCACGACCCCCGCCAAGCAGUUCAGCACGCCCACCCGUCGUCCGUUCAGCUUGUCGCGGCCUCAGCGCGGAGUCUCACCCUCGCCUUUGAGAACGACGGGCGACGGCACACCGACGGGUAUUAGGACUGCGCGGGAUGUGGCGGGCCGCGAGGAGAUCAUCAGACAGGCGGAGCGGAUCCGAGGAGGACGGGCCGGUGCCGAGUCCGAGACGGACGAGGAGCUGGUCGUGCUGAUUGCGAAGUGGAGGGCGGCGAGCCGGCAGGCUGCUGAGGAGGUGUUUGAGGCGUCCAAGGAAAGGGUUCAGAGCAUGGGUGGGAUGAAAGCUUGGAGGAAGACGAGGAGGGAGGAGCAGAAGAGCUUUUUGGAACGGAUGAUGGAGGAGGAACCUAAAAGAGAUCGAGAUGAGGAUGCCGACAAGGAGGAUGGAUGCUCACCAGACAACGUCGGAGCCGAGAAUGACGGAGACAAGGACGAUAGAGACGAGGAUGAAGACACGGAGUUCACUCUGGGAACGAUGCUGAAGAGCAUGAAUAUUGAUUUCGAAGUCAUUGGCUACGAUGAGGACACCGGAUGGUGGAGGGACGGCUGA